GGUGUGCUCGCUUGUGGCACUUGUAGCAAGGCUCUCAACUUAGAAGCCACUGCAGCCAUGAAGGCAGCCCUCGUCCUGCUGAUCUCUGGCGUGUUGCUUGUGGCGUACUGCACGCCGCUGACUGCUGCAGACGAUGGAGACGAAGUGUUCGAAGAUGACGACGAGACUGACAGCGUAGCAGACGACGACGCCGACGACUGCGCUGAUGAGGAGGGUGCAAGUGGAGAGAGCAGGCAGGCAGCCAGAGGUGCUCACGCCCGGGCCGGCCAUGCGAAACAUGCACGUGCAGGCAGCCGACACGCUGCGGGCAGAGCUGCAAACAGACCCCACGCCAGGACAGGCGCCGCCCGCAGAGCCGCCCACAAGUUGUAGCCGCCGCCGCUGAGGGGGUGCCACACCGUGGAGGCGCAGUCUGGAGCUGCUCACACUGUCCUGUACCCUGCACUGACAUGGCAUAAAUAAAGCACCACUGCACCUUGCAGCAAA